AUGGCUACAAUCAUCGAGCACGCGGAUGUCGUUCAACUCGUUGACGACUCCGAUGUCAUCUACCCUCCUCGUAAAUCCCGAUCCAUUUCUCAUUCCAUGGUCAGAAUUCGGAAGACUCCCAUCUGGCUGUCGGCGAUCGAUCUCGCGGCGGGUGUUGCCCUCGUGUAUCUGAUUCUCAGGACGGAUAACCGCGACUCUCUCCUAGCCGGGAUCUGUCUGCCACUCGUCUUGACGAUUUUGCUCGCCUCGCUUGAUCUCAAAGUCUACUACCGCGCGAACAACAAAAAUGUUGCUUCAGACUCCAAAUGGCCAAAGAAUUGGAUGGUGAUUGGGGAUGCCCUUCUCGCAAUCACUUACGUGGGCAUUUCUUGCUUCCUAAUCCAAGUGGCCGGCUUCGCAGCCUGGGCGAGGGUCCCGGACCAAGAGAUCUUGAAACUGUGCAUCAUAGCUCUGGCACGAUUCACAUACUCGUGAGUCAAGCGAACGGCUUUGUCACUAUUUGUACUGCUCGUUGCAGGAUCAUCCAUGUCCGCGCAUUCUGGGAACAACUCAAAACUCACAGGCACGCCAGAACGGUUCAAGCUUCCAAUGUAGCUCUAGAGGCUUGCGUCCACUGUGGCUAUUGGGACGGUGCUCCUCGGGACGGCGGUUAUCGCGACGGAGGCUAUGUGGACGAUGGCGCUCCACCGACAGAUGCGCGGGUGCCGCAAUAG